AUGGAUGAUUCGAGAGUGGCAAAGUGCACCUAUGGUGGUGGAACUUUAAUGCUUAUUUUGUCUUCAACUACUACUUUUGAUUGGCUGUCCAACGAGUUGUGUAGUAGGUUCAAGCUGAAGUUAGGUCAUUUUGAGUUGAGGUACUCUUAUACGGAUUGCUCCAAUUGUUUAUUGGAAUUGGAUGAUGAUUUGAAAAUCAUGUUUAUGGUAUGUGGACUGACGAAGGAUCAAUUAAUUCACAUUGCUGUUAGGGAUAAGGCUGUAGUGAAUUAUGUUCAAACUGUUAAUACGAACAUAAUUGCUUCUCCUUUUUUGUUGGAGGCUGUUCCUAACAAUUACAGUUUUGCAGAAGAUGAGGAUACAUGUAAAUAUUCAAUUCAAACUGGUAGUAUUGUUGAUUCAAAUGCAGCUUCUUCUUCUUCUUUGAGUAUGGAUUUUGAUGGUAUUAGCAGUGAGUAUGGAAAUGAAUAUUUAGGCAAAUAUGGUAGUUGUGGAGGUCGUAAGUAUUUGUCUACUGAUUGGGAGGGUUAUAUUACUCAUGAGGGUCAGAAGUUUGAGGGUGGAGUUUGUGAAUUCCGUGAUAAGUUGGCUAAGUACUCGAUUGAGAAUGGUUUUAAGAUGAAAUAUUUGAAAAAUGAGCCUCGUCGUGUUACUGCUGUGUGUGCUAAGAAGGAAUCAAAUGGCUGUGAGUGGCAUGUGCAUGCUGUUAAGUCGAAUGUAAAUGGAUUUUUUUAUAUUAAGAACUUAAAUAAUGCACACAGUUGCAGUGGUUUGAUCCGUGAGAAGAGAAAUAAGGCAAUGGGGUCUCGUUUGGUGUCUUCAAUUGUCAAAGAUAAGGUUCGUAGCAAUCCUUUGGUAAGGCCUAUUGAGCUGAUUACUGAUUUGAAGGAGAAUUAUGGAUUGGAUAUCCCUUAUCAUGUUGCGUGGUAUGGGAAGGAGUCGGCUACUAAGGAUUUGCAUGGUGAUGAGGAGUUGUCUUAUGCUCACCUGCCUUGGUAUGUGAAUGUUUUGAAGGCCAGCAAUGUCGGAUCUCAUUGUGUGCUUGACUGUGGCGAGGAUGGUUCUCGUUUCCAGCGGAUCUUUAUAUGUUUUAAGGCCUCCAUUGAUGGUUUUCGGUGGUGUAGGCCUAUGCUGUUCAUUGAUGGUACUUUCGUCACAAACAAGUACAAGGGUACUCUUCUAGGAGCUACUGCAAAGAAUGGAAUAAAGAAGUAUUCCCUUUUGCCUUUGCGAUUGUAUCUGGUGAAACUGUGGAUAAUUGGAGGUGGUUUCUGCAAAGGAUAUCUGAAGUCUUGGUUGAUGAAGAGGUAUGGGGAGGUUAGUAAUGCCUUGUCCGAGUCGUUUAAUUCAUGGAUUAAGGAUGUGCGUAGGCUUCCAAUUUAUGAGAUGAUUGACACUGUUAGGAUCAAAAUGAUGGAGAUGAUUUCUAGGAGGAAGCUUGCAUCCGAGAAAUGGAGUAGUGUUUUGUGUCCUGUUAUUGAGGAUGAGUUGAAGAAUUUAGCUGCAAAGGGUCGUCAUUGGAGGAUAUGUCGCGCGAGUGAAUCUGUUUUUGAAGUUCAUGCUGAUUUGAGUGUUAUGGUCAAUUUGGACGAGAGGUUUUGCUCCUGUUAUCAGUGGCAAUUGCUUGGGUUUCCGUGUCAGCAUGCGAUUCAAGUUAUCCAACAUUCCGGGUUAUGUUUGUACAACUUUGUGGAUGAGUAUUACAAGGCAGACUUUUAUAAGGCUACUUAUGCAACCCUUAUAUUUCCCAUACCUGAUAUUGAGAAGCCUCCUCCUGCAGAUGUUUUUCUUCUACCUCCUCAUACAAGAAAGCCUCCGGGACGACCUCCGACAAAGCGCUUCAAGUCAAGCAGUGAAACUAAAAGGCAGGUGAAGUGCAAGAGAUGCGGUUCUUGUGAUCGUCAUAAUAGGAGGACUUGCAAGGUUCCUAUUUGA